AUGAACUCCUUUUCUAUAUUCUUGGCAUCUGCCCUGGCAGUGCUAGCAGCUGCCGAACCACCAUCUGGAUAUAAUUACCCGCGCGGCGGUGGUGGUGGUGGUGGUGGCGGUGGAUUCGGUGGUGGAUUUAGCAGUGGCGGUGGAGGUGGUGGAUUUAGCAGCGGAGGUGGAGGUGGAUACCAAGCCGUCAGUGGAGGAUUCCAAACAUCCGAAGGACAAAAUGUUGAUCCUCAACUUCUCGAACAAGUGCGCCAGAUUCUUUUGAACGAAGAAAGCAAAUCUGGCGGAGGUGGUGGAGGAGGCGGUGGUGGUGGAUUUGGCGGCGGUGCUCCAUCUGGAUCUUAUGGCCCACCAUCAGGAUCAUACGGCCCACCAUCAACGCAAUAUGGUGCCCCAGGAGGUGGUGGCGGCGGUCGUGUUGUUGGUAUUGAUUUGGAAGGUGUGCGACAAGCUAUUCAAGUAGCACAAUUCGCCCAGACCAGCACACAAGCUGGAGGCGGUGGUGGUGGUGGUGGAUAUCCAAGCGGACCAUCAGGAUCAUAUGGUGCUCCAUCAAGACCAAGUGGAAGUUACGGUGCUCCUUUCUAAGAGGACGCACAGUAAAGCUUAGUCCACACUUUAUUUUAAAAUCUCUUGACUGUUGCCAAAAACUCGAAAUUCACCAAAAUUCACCAACUCAAACGAGCCAUGGUGAAUUUUGUCUAUUCAAUGUUGCAAAGAGACGACAAUACCACAACUUCAGAAAAAAAAAAACGAAACAACACGAAUAUUAAAACGCUUCUCUCUCUCAAAAUAAUAUUGGAUUACCGAAUGAAGAACUCACGCUAAGAUUAUACACACGGAUACACGCGUCUGAUGCCAAGUAACGA